UGGCGCGACAACACUGCGCGGGGUGGAUUCGAUGGCGGUCGCAAGGCUCCGCCGCCAAACCAAUCUCGUCAUAUGGUAUGGCAGCGGCCAGAUCCGCCACCGGCGACGUCGGGAGAUUCGAGAUCUGGUGGUGGCGAAGUUGCGGACAGAUGGGAAGCUGCUGCUCGGGCCAUGAGUGAUGCGAGCAAGGAGAAGAUGGCGGGCGCCAAGGAACCGCCUCCACCACCAACAUCUGGGCAUGUGGCGACCAAGGGCAACACCGAGCUCUGCAUCAAUUGCUCCCUCCCAGGUCAUUUCGCUCCUCGUUGCCCUACCAUUCGCUGCGAUAAGUGUAACAAACUAGGUCAUAUGGCUCAACUUUGCCAAGUUCUGAGGCCUUGGGAGUGUACCCCCUUCAUGUGUGGUUUUCAAUCUCCUGGUCAGGGUUUCUUUUAUAUACCUGAUAUGUGUGCAGCUAAGCAUAGUGUGGAAAACCCAAUAAUGUGGUGAUUACUGUAGUUGAAGGGGAUGCUACUGUUAAGGAUAUUGAGCAGGAAUUUAAUGCUAUAUUUGCCAAAAAACCUGGGAAAAGGAAAUGGCGUUGUACAGCCCGUUCUAUUGGCCCUGCUCAAUAUGUGAUGCGAUUUCCUAAUGCUAGUGAAGUUGAGAGAGCAUGCUGUUAUGGGAAACGCUUGCCGCUGAAAGAGGGGAAUAUUGUGGUAUGCAUUACUCCUUGGACCGCUUCGAUUGGAGCUAAAGGCAUGCUGGAAAAAGCGUGGGUUAGGGUUCGCAACAUUCCCAUAGAGAAAAGGUGCACUGAACAUGUGGCUUAUGCCGGGGCUCUAGUGGGGAUUACAUUAGAGGUGGAUGAAUCGACUGUGCAUAAACCAGAGUAUGCUAGAAUUCUUCUUGGCUGCAUAGAUGUUGAGAAAAUCCCUCCUUCAGCUGAAGGAGUGCUGGGAGAGCAAAUAUAUGAUUUCUUUUAUGAAGUUGAAAAAGUUGUGACUAUGGGUGCUGGGAAAAGUCAAGCCUAUACUGCUGUGGACAGCAGUGCAUCACCUUCUGUCCCCAAGAAAGCAAGGAUGGAUUCAUAUCCUGCUUCUUCAACGGGGCAGGGGGAGACUAGUGCUUCCAUGACUGGUAAUUCCCCCCCCCAGAACUAUGAUAAGGGAAUACAGAGGCUUCCUGCAGUAGUUGAGAGUGAAGAAGAGGAGGAUAGUGAGGAAGGUAACACCACAGAGCUUCUGAUUGAGACGAUGGCCAGAGAACAUGCAGCUGAAAAAAUAUCUUAUUGUGGCUCUCAAUCUGAUAAAAGUUCCUGUGACAAAAUGACUGAAGAUCUGGAUAGAGAUGAAAGAAAUGAAUAUCACAGCAAUGUGAACAGCAUACAUAAAGGUGCUUGGGGGAUGAUUACUCCUAUUCCUCCCUCACCUUUGUUUAUGUAUCGUGAUGGAUGUACUUAUGGAAAUGCUUUCCCUCCUUUGUCAGAUUAUGUGGUUUGGCCUUCUCUUCCACAUAUUGUACCUCUUGAGGAGGGAACUGUGGAAGGGGGAGAAAACUGUAGUGUUUAUACAGUUGAAUCUCCUUCUGGAUCACCAAUCCAUGACUGCAUGAGUGGUGAAAAGAAAGUUUCACACAGACAGAAGCAGAAGCUGGAGAGGGUGGAGAAUGUGGCGGCAAACAGAAUGAGGAAACGUAAUUUGGAAGGUCUGCUUAAGGGAGAAGAUAGGGAGAAGCUUCAGGCCGGAGUGAAGAGGCUAGCGCAUGCGGCUGCUGCUCUGGCGGACAGAUCGUUUCCUCGAGGCAGGCUCCUCUUAGGAGACAAUGAGGGGAUCCAGAUUGGAUGAUGAAGUUCUGCGUCUUUUGCUUAGUCAUCUCCCACUGGGGGUGGAUGCCCGCUGGGUCUUUUGUCUCCUAGUUAUUCUCCGUUUAGUUACAGUAAUGUUCCAGCUUGAAUUAUCCUGGGACUUUUUGGGUUCAUAGUUGAGCUGUGGAUGUUUGUGUCGUCAGGUUUUCGUCCCAUGGCGGAUGGUUCGUUCCAGAAUCAUCUUGCGGUGGGUUUCCUGACGAUGCGCCAACUCGCUCUCCCCUUUCGGUUUCAUCUGCGCUCUGGGCGUUUUGCUUCGUUAUGUUAGGUGUGGUGGUUGUACUGCUAGACAUAUUUGGCUACAAAAACUGCUGUAUUUUCGUUGAUUGAAAAAUUAAUGGAAAGGGGUGAGAGCCCGGUUGGAAAAAUGAACAAGUUCUUAGUCCUUAGGGGGAAACAGUAUAUACAAUCUUGUGCUUCUCGUGAUGAUUCCGGUAUAUAUAAUAGUUAGUGGAUUUUUCACUCAAGCUUGUUUCUCUCUUUUGCCACUUUGGUCUAGUUGGGCGCUGUAAAUGCAUGCGCUCGAGUGUUAGCAACAUUAGGAUGGCUUUUCUUACAUCAACAUUAGAGGCUCCAUAGCCCGUACUAGUUGGCACUUGGCCAUAUUCAUCUGCAUGAUGCAUACUUCCUGAGUACAACUUUUCUGAAAACACUUGCUGUCAAGUUAACUCUUGCUUAUUCAUAAUUUCAGAGAGGCAUUUGGAAAUUGCAUGGGAACUCCGACACCACAAGAUGCAAGGGGCACCACCUACAAGGAAGGGAAGGCUACCGCUUCUUUUCUGAUGGGUCUGCUUCUUCCUGGGUUGGCGCUGCUCCAACGCCAUGGAAGAGAGGCAUUUCAAAAUGGCGCUUUGAUGCCACGAGCAGAUGUGCAACAGAGACGACCCAAGUGAGGUGGGCUGUGAGAUUAUAGGGGCAUUUGGAAAUGGUGUUUUGGUGCCAGUGAUGUUACCAGCAGAUGUUCCAGGUACCUCAGAACCAAACGGAAGCGCGCAAGACCUCAUGCUUCAUCAGUCAAUUGGAACCUCUUCACAUUUGAAUCAGAAUUCAGAACAG